CGCCUCCUAGUCACAGUUUACCGGUUGCCGUCCGACUGAUCGAUUGAUCGCAAAGCCAAGAAAAGUUAAAUAACAACUCAAGAGCAGCAGUGCAAUACACUAAGGAUCAACAGCAGGAAUCGUGUUGUGUUGUGUGCAUUUUCGUUGAAUUUGAAACGAAAACGCGAAAUUUGUGAAAAUGUUCAAGUUUGUGUGUUUAUUCGCCCUGGUGGCCACUAGUGCCGCCUCCAGCGUCAAUCAAGUCUCCGAGACAGACAGCCUCCUCACCAAUGCCCUUAAAAUGGUCAAGGAGUGCGGUGAUCGUUCAAUGGUUUUGUGCAUGAAGGAACGGGCGUUACACUACUUUGACACAGAGAAUGGCGAUGUCAAAUUGACUGAGGGUAUUUCGUUAAUAAAAACCGAUGAUAUCCCAGUGGGACGUUCCUUGAACGAUGCUGCCUUGCCUGAAGAACCUGAAGCUCGUGAAAACGAGGUCGAUGCUUUGCUGGUGGAGCGUGUGGCGCGAUUCUUCGGCACACACACACUGCAAUUCAAAGUGCCCAAAGACUCCAUUCAGGAUAUGCAACGCGCGCUCGAAGAAUCGCGCGGCAAGAAGAAGGAAAAGAAGAAGUACCUCUUGCCUCUGUUGAUGCUCUUCAAAUUGAAGAUGGCCGCACUCCUGCCACUCGCCAUCGGUUUCCUGGCUCUGAUCUCCUUCAAGGCGCUCGUCAUCGGCAAGAUCGCAUUGCUGUUGAGCGGCAUCAUUGGCCUGAAAAAGUUGCUUGAAUCGAAGAAAGAGAACUACGAAGUCGUAGCACACCCACACUACUCGCACGAAGAGCACGGCUACGCACGCUCGUUGCGGGAAGCGCAAAACCUGGCCUAUUCAGCGUAUCAGCAAUAGGAGACGAAGAGGAAAGUGGCUUAACGGGAGUGCAAUAUGUAUAUCCUGAAAAACAAAAAACUAACAACAACAAACCUAAUAUAAUUUUCUAAUUUAUUUAUUUAUUUAAUUUAUAACAAUAAUUGAGUUUAAUCUAGAGCAAUUUUUUUGUUUUAAAAGAACAAACAAUGAACGCCAUGUUUUUUUUUUGUAUUUUUAUCGGGGCAGAGCGGGGUGAACCAAAUUCUAAAAUGAAGAAUUAUAAAUUGUAAGAAUAAAAUUGCAGUCAAUGUAAAGCGCCAAGCGCCAAAGAAAGAGCAUAAAUAUUCAAAGCUGGACCGUAUCAAAGGUGUAGCUAACUUGUUUAACUCCUCCAAAAUCACACAUACAUUCUUUGAAGUUCAUACACAAGGAAGGAUUACACUCGCAUCGGCUUGUUUCUAGGCCAAAUCGCUCACUCGUUCGCCUGCUCGCCUACUGUGUAGUCCGAUCAUGAGCUCGCUUAAUUGUUUACAAACGAAAUGUAACUGCGCCCGACUAAUUUAUGUUUUAAUUAUUAUAACUUUAUUGUACUUGUUAUGUACUUAUAUUCACCGCUUAUUGUGUUCUAUUAGACUAGCACUACCUGCAUUAGCGUACUUUCGUAGCACUAAACUAAGCAUUUUAAUAUGAACAUUUUAAUGAAGCUUCGCCUACUCUAUUUUUUACGCACAUUAAAGGCUGGCUCUAUGGCUCUACACGCAAGCUAACUUAAUGGCUUAGCGACUGCUAAAACUGCAGACACUUAAGCUAUGACUAACGCACUUAACGCUUAAUUUGAUUACUUUACCAAAAACAAUUUACAAGUUGUAGCUGAAAGUUUUCAAACUUCCACACACUACUCGUUCUUUCAUCACAACAUUCGCUCUUAAACACAAACUAAAUGCUUACAUAUAAGGUGCAUAUCCAAAAACACAUAUGUAUGUAUUUUCUCAAAAACUGUCUCAACUUACUAAAACUUCAACUACAUUUCCACUUUUGUCUACACACUUUUCAUAACUACGCAAAGUACAAAACUAACAAAAACAUUAAAUUCAUUACGCUCGAUUUGCAACGCAUUUAACACAAUUUCCUCAAUAUUUAGUCAAUUCAAUUAUACAGCAACAAAGUAAUGCAUUUAAAACUCAUCGAAAUUAAGAAUAAGACUAAUCAUUGUAAUCACAUAACAGUUUCACCUCUCUUUUUAGCAUUAGGCAUUCGGCGUGAAGUGAAGCCAAAAGGAAAAUCAAAAAUCUGCAUUUAAAAUAUUAAAUAUUUUAUCAUAUAAGAACGUUUAGAGAAGAUGUGGCAUAAAUUUAACUUGUGUUUCAGUUUUUAAGAUUCUCAAUAGAAGGAAAAUAAAUGUUUGCAAAAAUUA